UUGGGCUCCAAACAAUCUGAGGAGCCCAUUUUCAGUUGCAUUUAAAAACGAGUACCUGCUGGAAAUCAGAAACCCUAGCAUUUUCACUCUGUAGCCGCGCAGCAAAGACUCCGGCAGAGACACAUCGACCAAUCCCGCUCAGUAAGUAGAAACGAUGUCGGUUGGAGAGCUUGCUUGCAGCUACGCCGUCAUGAUCCUCCAAGACGAUGGCAUCCCCGUCACUGCGGAGAAGAUUGCAACCUUGGUAAAAGCUGCCAAUGUUGACGUAGAAUCAUACUGGCCAAGCUUGUUUGCUAAGCUUGCAGAGAAGCGUAACAUUGAGGAUCUUAUAUUGAAUGCUGGUGCCGGUGGUGGUGGUGCUCCAGUUGCCGCUGCUCCAACCGCAGGUGGUGCUGCUGCUGGUGGCGCUGCUGCCGCUCCUCCACCUGAGGAGAAGAAGGAAGAGCCCAAGGAAGAAAGUGAUGAUGAUAUGGGAUUUUCGUUGUUCGAUUAGGAGCUCCUUUCAGAUGAUGUUUUACUUUGCGUUUCUAGUACUUCUAAGAAGUGUUACGUUUAUUAAUGUUUUAGGCUGGUCUUUUCUUUUGGUUGAUUAGAUAUGUAUGCACUCUAUUCGAACAAUUUUUUCAGGGUCCUUUUGUCUUAAGAUUUUGAGCGUGUGCUUCUUGAUACAUAAAAGAAUUUCAGAUCAAUUUUGCUUCCUUUUAAUCUUUAAAUUGUGGCUUAUAUAUGUAAUCCUUUUUGUUAAGAAUAGUGUAUGCUCUGCAUCCAACUUUAUUUUACCAUAUAAUUAAUUGAUGGGAUUGUCUUAAUUAA